AUGUCUGAAGAGAAUGAUGAAUCAUGGAACAUAGAAGAUAUAAGUGCACAGUUUAGGAAAGAAUCUCGAUCACAGUCAGUGAAGGAGUCUCAAUUUAUUAAAGAAAGAUCAACUUCAUUAAAUGAAGCUUCUCAUCACCAGGAAAGGAAAUCUUCUGACCAGACGUACGAAACCGACUCCGUGGAGGAUACAUUACAGUCGACAUCCUCCUUUGAAAGAGACAGAGAUGAAGACAAAAGGAAACAAAUUCAGUUUCCUGAAACAAGUCCUACAGAUACCAGCCCUGUGCCUGAACCAGAAGUGUUAGUAAUUUCAUCAUUAGAAACCACUGAGGAGAUUGCAGACAUAAUACUAUCUGAUGAGACAAUAGAAAAGGUUAGUCCUCAAGUCUCUGAAGAAAAUGAGGAAAGAUUUGUCUCAAACUCAGAUCUGUUUACAGUUAAUUUGGAGGCUCAUGGUUUACAAGAAUUCCCUAAGGACAUCUUAAAAGUCAAAUAUGUAAAGUAUCUAUUCUUAAAUAAGAAUCAAAUAAGAAGUUUUCAAGGAGCAGACCCAGCAGAUCUUCUAGGACUUGAGAUUCUGUCUUUGCAGGAAAAUGGGUUAACAUCACUUCCAUCUGAAAUUCAGUUACUUCAUAAUUUAAGGAUAUUGAAUGUCAGUCACAACCAAAUAUCAUCUAUACCUAAAGAAAUAUCAGAGCUUGGGAAUAUAGCACAACUCCUUUUCAAUAACAAUUGCAUCAAACAUUUUCCUUUCUCUGGUUUAGAAAAUCUUAAAAAGUUGAAAACUUUAAAUUUGGGUAAAAAUAAUUUAGAAUAUAUAGACACUAUGCCUAAUUUGAAAACCUUGAGUGUUCUCAAUCUGGAAUAUAAUCAGUUAACAAUAUUUCCUAAAGUUUUAUGCUUUCUUCCAAACUUACUUUCACUGAAUCUCAAUGGGAACUCAAUAGGCAGUUUGCCAAAAGAAGUUAGAGAACUCAAACAUUUAGAAAAACUAACAAUGGAUCACAAUAAACUUACAUUUUUGGCUGUGGAAAUCUUCCAGUUAUUCAGAAUGAAAGAACUUCGACUGGCUGACAAUUUAUUGGAAGAUAUUUCUUACAAAAUUGAGAAUUUCAGAGAGCUUAGGAUCCUCAUACUUGAUAAAAAUGUAUUGAAAGCUAUACCAGAGAAAAUUACCAACUGCAGGAUGUUGGAAUACCUUAGUGUUAGUGAUAAUCAACUGACAGAACUACCUAAAAACAUCCAGAAGCUCAAAAAUUUACGAAAACUCCAUGUAAACAGAAACAAUAUGAUGAAAAUAACUGACAUGAUCUCGCAUCUUAGUAAUAUACGUAGCCUGGAAUUUUCAGGAAAUAUGAUUUUACAUGUUCCCAUCGAAAUAAAAAACUGCAGAAAAAUAACUAAAGUUGGAUUAGAUUAUAAUAGAAUAGUGUAUUUCCCAGUGGGACUGUGUGCCUUAGAGUCACUUUAUUAUUUGACUUUUAAUGGGAAUUUUAUUUCAGAAAUACCUGUGGAUAUAUCUUUCAGUAAACAACUACUUCAUUUGGAGUUGAAUGAAAACAAACUCCUCAUAUUUUCUGAACACCUGUGUUCUCUUAUUCAUCUUAAUUACUUGGAUCUUAGUAAAAACCUAAUCAAGAAAAUUCCGCCAUCUGUUUCAAAUAUGGUGUCACUCCGUGUACUUAUUUUAUCUUAUAAUAAAUUUGAAACUUUUCCAGCAGAAUUGUGUACUUUAAGAUAUUUGCAAGUACUUGAUAUUUCCAAUAACCAGCUACAGAAAAUCCCUUCAGAGAUACAUAAUUUUAAAAGAAUCCAGAAAUUAAACCUCUCAAGCAACCAAUUUAUGUAUUUUCCUAUUGAACUAUGUCAACUUAAAUCACUGGAAGAACUCUGCAUAAGUCAGAUAAAUGGGAGAAAGCUAACAAGACUUCCAAAAGAGCUGUGUAAUAUGACUCAGCUUAAAAGACUUGAUAUCUCAUAUAAUGCGAUCAAAGAGAUUCCAGGAAAUAUAGGGGAAUUGAGAAAUCUGGUUAGAUUUGAUGCAGUUAGCAAUCAAAUAAGUUAUCUACCACCAUCAUUUUUAUCUUUAAAAUCUCUCCAGCAACUAAAUCUAAAGGGAAACAAUCUGACAGAUCUGCCUAGUGGUAUCCACAACCUUUUUUCACUAAAGGAGAUAAAUUUUGAUGACAACCUUUUGCUGAGACCUCCCAUGGAAAUCUGUAAAGGAAAGCAAUUAUAUACCAUUACACGCUAUCUACAAAAGGCAGAUGAAAGAGAUGAGAAAAUCUUAGAGAAGAUAAUGAAGGUUGUUGCCAGUAAUAUCAGUGAAACAAAUUUUGAAUUUUUGCGUCAAAAACUAAACCUGGCAAGCUCAGAAACCAGUAUCUCAAAGAGCAAUGUUACAUUAAAGGAAAGAGCCUACCAAACUUUGGUUAAAUGGAAAAAUGAAAACCCAUCACUCACUGCUGCCGCUUUAAGAGACCAACUAGUUCGGACACUAAAAAUGAUUGGAGUUUAUGAAAUAAUGGACAAAAUAACAGCUUUAACUCUUUAUACACGUGCAAUUAAAUUCUAA